CAGCGCACUCCAAGCUGGCAGCAGCAGCAAAGUGCAAACCCAACAUGAAGCCGUGUCCGUACAGCUCGCUGGCAAUUGCUGACGACGCGGCGAUUCUCGCAGCCGACGACAACUGCCCACCGACGGCGCCUGUCUGCUUGCUCAACAAGCAGUGCGUCCCGCGCAACUACAGCGUCAAUGCGCUACUCAACAUGCUGUCGACGGAUCAGACGGAUUCGAGUGCGACCCACACGGCCACGUACUCGUUCGCCGCCGUUGGCAACGUCACCAACUACGCCAACGCGACGCUCGGGUUUGACUGCGGCGGCGGGUACCUCGACCUCUCCCAGCUCCUGUUGCCAAACACGCUCUACAGCACGAGGUUGAGCCGCCCCUCCAUAGCCAUGAACCAUUGUAAGCUACGCUCACUCUCACCGACGAUUGCGUGGCCGUCCAACCUCGAGUGCUUACUGCUGUCCGGCAGCGAGCUGGAUGCGCUGCCCCCGAACCUCCCGCCGACCCUUCGCGCACUACGGCUCAAUGGCAACCACAUCCAAGAUGUCACUGCACUACGACCGCUGUCGUUGACAUAUUUAGACCUGCGCGGCAACGCGCUUACAUCGCUCGACGACAUGUACUGGCCCGCUCUUACGUGCUUGGAACUCAGCGGCAACGGCGCCCUCCAGAGCAUCAAAAACUUGACGCUCACGAGCGCGAUCGACAAAUUUGGCGCCAUGUCGACUGCUCUUCGCGAGAUCUCGAUCGAUGCGACAACAUACGUGGCACUCCGUCGCCUCCGACCGUCCUUCCUCGACUACGCUUCCUCUGGCGAUGCGUCAUUCGAUACCAACGUCCCCAGCGCCUCGUGUGGCACCACAGAGGGCGGUGCGCUCCAACCGCUUUGGUCCCGGGACUCUCUGUACGCGUGGUCAGCGUGCGUCGUGACGCCAAUUAAAGCAUCGCCCCCUGACCCCACUCCGAUGCGAACAUUGGCCCCCGACCCGACCCCAAGUGCCGGACACGGCUAUGACUGGGCGAUUGUUGCUGCCGCCGUCGCAGGAUUGCUGGCGCUUCUCGGCACAGCCUUCGUUCUCUACAAGCGCCGACGCCGCUACGCCGAAGUCGAGACGUCCGAUGGACUGGCCACCGAACUCGAUGUGCUCGAACCUAUUCGCAUCUCCAUCCGCGACGUGACCUACGUCGAGAGACUCAGCGAAGGCGCGUUCGGCGAGAUCUGGCGCGGCUCGCUUCGUGGACGGGCGGUUGCCAUCAAACGGCUGCUUCCGACGCGCGGCAGUGUCGAGGACAUUCGCAGCUUUGUCGCUGAGCUCGAACUCAUGAACCGGUUCCAGUGCCCACAGAUCGUCGCCUUGUACGGUGUUGCGUGGACCCGACCCCGUGACCUCGCCGCCGUGCUCGAGCUCAUGGACCUCGGCGACCUCAAAGCCCACUUGGCUUUGCAUGGUAGCUUGGACUGGGCGUGGAAGCUCCGCGUCCUCCGCGAUGUGGUCGACGCCCUAGUCUAUAUGCACUCGAUGAACGUCAUCCACCGCGACCUCAAGUCGAGGAAUAUCCUACUGGACUCGACGAAAGGCGCCAAAGUGAGUGAUUUCGGCGUCUCGAAAGAAGAUUUUCAGGAAACUAUGACCAUGAGCGUGGGCACGUACCGGUGGAUGGCGCCCGAGAUACUCAAGGACGACCACUACACGAUCGCCGCCGACAUCUUUUCGCUGGGAAUGAUCUUGUCGGAGCUCGACACGCACGAGAUUCCGUAUGCGAACGCAAUGAACCCGACGACGGGCAAGCCGUACGUGGACACUGCGAUCGUGGGUCUCGUGAUCGCGGGGUCGAUCCAGCCGACGUUCACAGCGUCGUGUCCAACGUGGGUCCGCCAGCUCGCAACGCAGUGUUUGAUGUACAACCCAAUCGACCGACCGUCAGCGCCAGAGGUAGCGUUCUCGUUGUCGUCGAUCUCGUAGUACUAUUUGAGACCAAAGACAACACGAUGCGUACAUGAGCCGGAUGACACGGACUAUUUACUUGGAUG